CGCCGUCGUCGUCUUCCCCCCUAUUCUCUCUUAUCCCCCCGCCGUUCUCCUCCCGCUUUGUCGCCUCCCGCUUCCCCCGUACCCGACGACGACCGCCCAAGGUGAGGGAGAAGUACCAUCUCCCGAAGCCCAUGGCGUCCCUACGUGUUCGCCUCCUCUGAUCGACGCCUCCACCGCUCCUCUUGUUUCCUUUUACUCGGCACAAGCGCGCACGCGGAGGUGGGUAGGUGGGCCGCGGGGCUGGCAAAGGCGGAGGCGGAGGCAGAUCUGUAGGGUGGGAAAGGGAAGCGAGGGCGCGCCGGGAUGAGGGGGGAGGCCAACGGAGGGGACCGGCGGCCGCGGGACGAGGAGGGGGAGGAGGAGGAGGAGCCGCCGCAGCAGCAGGAGGAGGAGAGGGCGGCGAGGCCGUCUUCCGGGCAGCAGCAGCAGCAGCCGGCUGCGGCGGGGGCGGCCACGACGACGACGAGGAGCGUGGGGUACGUGGGGAAGCACCGCCUCUCCGCCGCCAUCCAGCGCCUCGACCAGGAGCUCCAGUCACUCCAGGAUGAAUUGAAUGAGCUUGAAACCAUGGAACCUGCAUCUGCGGCAUGCCGGGAGGUGAUCACAAGUACUGAAGGAAAGCCUGACCCGCUUCUUCCAAUUGUAACACCGUCACAUUUUUGCAGCACAAGUAGCCCGGAGAACUCUUCCUGGGACAGGUGGUUCCAGCGCGUGCGAAGCUCCCGCAGCAACAAAUGGUGGCAAUCCAAAGGCUCCGAUUUUGCCUAGCUUUCGCCGAAGCUGAGACAAGCUGUGUGCAGAUUGAAUCUCCCCUGAUCCGUAUGGUCCAUCCAUGGAUGGCUUGGCAACAGAAUACAACCCAGUUUUUCCUGAGAAUUGUUGUGUAUGUAAUCCCUAACAAAAACAUGAAUGUAUCCCCAUUAGUCCUGAUUGCUGUUCAGAAAAUAGUCCUGUAAUUCAUCUAGCCAUGUUCGAUUCUUAUGGUCUUGGAGCAAAAUGGUCCUGUACUUUUGGGCAAGUUUGUUGACCUUUGAGCAAAAUUUCUCAUGUGCAUCUAAUUUUGUUGAAAUUUGUUGAAGCACC